GUGCCUUCUUCUUCGCGGUCGCCUUCACGCCCGCUGCGAUCUCCUGUCGCUCUCGGUCCGCCUCGCGCUGGGGGGGUGUUUUCUUCCGUUUAAUCCGAGCGGCGAGUUUCUUCGCAUCGAUCCAUCUUUGCAGGGCUCGGUGCUUGCCUGUGGUGUUUGGACGAGGAGGGUGCAGCACUCCCCCCCCGCGUCGCCCGCGGUUAUCUCCCUUCUCCCGCGAACGGUGCUUACUCGCGUGGUUUUUACGAAUCUCUCUGCUCCUCCAGCUUCGUGGGCCACGUUUUCCGCGACGGUGGUUACCAGGUGCAGUUUGCCGCUUUGCAUUGCUGCCGCGGGGACAAGGUCCACAUACACCUCUCGCCACUACCACCGUCUGUGCAUCCUCACCGCCACGCUGAGCCAGCGCGGCGGUGAGUUGCACCUUGGGACACCAUCCACCUACUAUCUGUUGUGGCCUGGUUCGCCCGCGAGGGACUCACAAGGUCGAUUUCGGCCCCGGCCGGGGAGCAGGCCGGGGAGGGGAGGAGGGGGCCCACUACUGUACAUUGCAACGCAAUACACGCUGUAUUCUUACAAACGUUUUCCCACCCUCUCUCUGCAAACUUUUCCCCACCCUCCCUCCGUGUGGAUGACCCAUCUUUAUCAGGUCGCGAAGACCUUGAGGAUCGGUACGGACAAGGUCCUGGCGGUUGGCACAAACUGGUAUGACAAGCAGGAGUUGUACGAGACCAACGGGAAGGGGCGAGGCAAGGCCACCAGCGUCGACGACGGGCCACGUGUCAUCAUCAAGGAGCAAGAGGAUGGACUGAACGAGUUCAUCAAGGGCGAGCACGAGGCGGGGCGUCAGGUCUUCCGCCGUACCGUCAAGGAUUACUUAGAGUGUUCGUUCGGAUUAGAGAUGUCGAAUCGUGCCGUGGGAGGGCUGCUACAGUGCCUUGGCUUCAAGCGCCGUAGGGGUAGAAUCAAAAUGCCUCCGUUGAACGAGGAGAGGAAAAACCGUAUCCGGCUCUUUCUUGUCAAGAUGGACCUCGCGAAGAGGGUCGAGGACGCUGGGGUCGCAUUCAUUAUGUACAUGGAUGAGAGCUUUGUUCACCAGGCGCAAGGUUCCGCGUACUCGUAUUACUUUCCUUCUGACGAUAAGGGGGUUGUGCAGGAUGGGAUAGGCCGUUCAACGGGGAAAGGUUUGCGUAUGAUCAUGGUGCAUGCGAUCACGAAGCACGGGCCCUUGGCCGAGCUACAGGAGGGAUUUCCUAUCCAAAAGGGUUGGUUCAAGGCUAAGAAAAAUCGUGCGAAGAAGAUUAAGCCCGGGGAGGCGGAUCUCGAAAUGUCAGAUGAGCAGACAGCAGAAUUUCUGUGGCAGGCCAAGUUGGCAACUGGAGAUUAUCAUAACGCCAUGACGGAUGGGAUGUUCAUGCAGUGA